AUGACUUCUUCCAUCGGUCCUAUUGUCAACUUGACUCAAGUCAGUCAAGCGGACGUGAUCUGCUACUACGCGUUAUCCGGCAACGACUACAACGGCCACCUCGGCGCCCGCAUCUCGUCCAUCUUCGUCAUCCUCUUCGUUUCAACGGCCUUCACCGUCUUCCCCAUCGCAUCGAAACGGCUCAAAACUCUAAAGAUCCCCCGUUCCGCCUACACCUUUGCUCGCUACUUUGGCAGCGGCGUCAUAUUGGCAACGGCCUUCAUCCAUCUCCUCGAACCGGCGUACAAGCGAAUCGGCCCGCGGACGUGCAUCGGGGAAUCCGGCCACUGGGGUGACUACUCAUGGUGCGCUGCCAUCGUCCUGGCCUCGGCGCUCGGCAUCUUCUCGCUAGAUCUCGCGGCCGAGGUCUACGUUGAGCGGAAGUACGGACAAGACAGGAACGAGAAUGCCGUCGAGGCACUUGUCUCAGGCAUCCCUCCCGACGGCCUGCAGCAAGCGGACGACAGUCCGGAAAGUACACGAGAAAAGCAGACCGAGAACUGCAACGACAAGAAGUCAUCGUCUUCUAUCGAGAGUGGCCAGUCUGUUGAGCGCUCCUUUCGGCAGCAAAUCGCCGCCUUUCUCAUACUCGAGUUCGGCAUCAUCGUCCACUCAGUCAUCAUCGGACUGAACCUCGGCGUCACGGGGUCCGAGUUCGCCACGCUGUAUCCCGUCCUGGUCUUUCAUCAGUCGUUCGAGGGUCUCGGGAUCGGCGCCCGCAUGUCGUCCAUCCCGUUCGGCAAGCAUACUUGGCUCCCGUGGAUCCUGUGCGCCGCGUACGGUCUCACGACGCCGGUCUCUAUCGCCAUCGGGCUUGGCGUGCGAACGACCUACGUUCCCAAAUCCAAGCAAGCUCUCAUGGUGCAGGGGAUCCUGAACGCCAUCUCGGCCGGUCUGCUCAUCUACAGCUCCCUGGUUGAGCUAUUGGCCCGAGACUUCCUAUUCGACCCUAGCCGCAGCCGCAGACGCUCGCAGAUCAUGUACAUGUUUUCUUGCAUGGUUCUUGGUGCUGGAAUCAUGUCCCUGAUUGGGUUUUGGGCCUAG